GUCAACCCAAGGUUUCGGUGGAUCGGGGACCUCUGUCAAACGUUUCCGUGAUAAAGGAUCUCGGAGACGUCCAGAGCAGGUCAAUCUUGCUUUGCGCGAUAAGGAAUCAGAAGAGAAGGAAACGUCCAGGACCAAAAGUAGCCAGAGCAAGUUGGUCUUUUAUAGCAGGGAUCCGGGAGAAGAGUUUUUCUAAGGUAAGAGGCCACCAACGUCAAGGUAGCUCCAACGACGCAGAGACGACGAACCGAAAGUCUGGUGACGUCGGCGAUAUACACGCUUCUGCGUCCACUGGUUGAACUCUUGGUGGUGUCUUCGGAGGCCUGACAGUCGAUUCGAUCAAUCAGUAACGUCCCUGAAGAAUAUAAAAAAGGGGGGACAAGAUCAUCCAAGCUCGACCGAAAACAAUGCCUCGAGUUUUCCUCAUCACCGGCACGUCGACCGGCUUCGGACGCGACUACGCCCAAGAAGUCCUGGACCGCGGUGACAUUGUGGCUGCCACCGCCCGCGACCCGUCGCAGCUAUCCUUCGCCAACACCACCCCCGAGACGUACCUGGCGCUGCAGCUCGACGUCACGGACAAGGCGUCGAUCAAGCAAGCCUUUUCCGAGACGUUGAAGAAAUUCGGCCGCGUCGACGUGGUGGUCAACAAUGCCGGGUACGGCCUCUCGGGCUGUUUCGAGGAGUGCACCGACGAGCAAAUCCGGCAGCAGAUGGAGAUCAAUUUCUUCGGGCUGCUCGACGUCACGCGCGAGGCGCUGGAGACCAUGAGGGACAAGCAGAAGCCCCAGGGCGGCUUGAUCCAGCAGAUCACCAGCAUCGGCGGGCAGAGGGGCGUGCCCUUCUUCAGCAUCUACUGCGCAAGCAAGUGGGCGGUUGAGGGCUUCACAGAGGCUCUCAGCCAUGAGGUGAAGCCCGAGUGGGGGAUCAAGUUCACCCUGGUCGAGCCGGGCGGGUUCAGAACAGACUGGGCUGGCCGCUCAAUGACCUUCGCCACCCGCCAUCCCGCGUAUGACCAUCUCAACGCUGAGAAACACAUGACCGCCCGCCACGGCACGCAGGCAGGAGACCCCAAGAAGGGCGCAAAGGCCAUGUAUGAACUGGCCAUCAUGCCCAACCCGCCGUUACGGGUCGUCGUCGGCACCGACGCCUACAAGGCGGUCAUGAACAAGCUGGAGCAGUACGAACAGAACUACACAAAAUAUGCCGCACUCAGUAACUCGACGGAUGUGGACGGCUAUGUGGCGCCGCAAUGAAAGGGUAGUCAAUACGGAUGCAUCUUGUUUUAUACCGAUGGGCAGACUUGAUAAAAUGGAUCGAGAUUCGGUACGGCUCAUGUAGGGCAGUAGGAGAACUCCAGGAUGGUGCAUUUCACCUAGAUUUCCG